AUGGAACGUGUUGAAGCAGCGUUGAAGAGCAGUAUCAGGAAAGAGAUGGCUUUGAAAACCACUCCACCGGUUUACGAAGAGUUUCUCGCCGUCACCACCGCUCAGAAUGGCUUUUCCGCUGACGAUUUCUCCGUCGACGACCUGCUUGACCUGUCAAACGAUGACGUUUUCGCCAACGAAGAGGCUGAACCAAAGGCUCAACAAGAGAUGCUCUGUGUUUCCUCCGAGGAACCGAACGACGACGAGGACGCACUUCGCCGGAGCAACGUUUCUUCCGGCUGCGACGAUUUUGGGUCUCUCCCUACAAGCGAACUCGACGUUCCGGCGGAUGACUUGGCAAAUCUUGAGUGGCUAUCUCAUUUCGUCGAGGAUUCCUUCACGGAACAUUCGGCUCCAAAUCUCACCGGAACCCCGAUAGAGAAACCGGUGUGGUUAACCGGUGACCGGAAACACCCCGUGACUCCAGCCACGGAAGAGUCGUGUUUCAAAUCCCAUGUUCCUGCUAAGGCCCGUAGCAAGCGGAACCGAAACGGAGUCAAGGUCUGGUCGCUUGGUUCGUCAUCCUCGUCGUCCUCGAGUUCGACCUCUUCCUCCUCCUCUUCGGGUCCUUCCAGCCCGUGGUUCUCCGGCGCUGAGCUGCUCGAGCCAGUGGCCACGUCGGUGAAACCGCCUGCUCCCAAAAAGCAUAGGAAAAGGUUGGCAGAGUCCGUUUUCAGCUGUCAGCUUCUGCAGCAGCAGCAGCAACAGCCACCUCGACGGUGCAGCCACUGUGGCGUCCAGAAAACACCACAAUGGAGAGCCGGACCGAUGGGAGCCAAGACGCUCUGCAAUGCGUGCGGUGUCCGUUUUAAAUCGGGUCGGUUACUACCCGAGUACAGACCCGCUUGUAGCCCGACAUUCUCAAGCGAGCUACAUUCCAACCACCACCGGAAAGUCAUAGAGAUGCGGCGGAAGAAAGAGCCGACGGGUGAAAACGAAACCGGUUUAAACCAGCUCGUUCAGUCACCAAAAGCUGUACCAAGUUUUUGA